CACACAGAAAACAAACACCAACUGCACAAACAAAACUACUCGAAAGUGAAAAUUUUUCCGUCACAGAAAAAUCUUCCACCUUCCAUUUCCUCUUUUAUCUGCAUCAAAUUUCGGUUUUUUUGUUACUACUCUGAAACAUCUCCAUCUUUGGGUUUUAACAGCUUUUAAUUUGAAUUUGAGAGGUCCAAAUUCAUUCUUCAUUCUGCUCUUUGGCAAGCUAACACCUAUUUUGCAUACUGGUUGAAGUAUUGUCAUACUGAGAGUUGUGUAGCUCUGAAAAUUCUCUCAUAGACCAUGUGUAUUUGAACAAUGUUGCUGGAGUAAUAAUAGUCCUGAUUGCAGUUGUUCUCUGAAGCUGGACAUCAUGUGGUUGCUUGGGCUUGAAAAUUAAUUUUGCAGUGCACCAAAAAGACAAGAAACUUCUAGAAUCCUUGUAUUUUGCUUUUCAAAUCCUUUCAAGAUGUCAGAAAUUGACAUGGCCGUUAUUAAACCUGAGAUGAUGAAGUCAUAUAUUUGGCUUCAGACUUCUGAUGGUUCAAUCCAACAAGUCGAACAAGAAAUUGCAAUGUUUUGCCCACUGAUAUGUCAAGAAAUAAUAACAAAAGGCAUGGGUUCAUCAAAGAAUUCUGCAAUAUCUCUUCCUCAACAAGUCACCCCUUCUACGUUGAGCUUAAUUCUUGAUUAUUGUCGCUUUCAUCAAGUACCAGGCCGCUCAAACAAGGAACGGAAAUCUCAUGACGAGAAGUUCGUUAGGAUGGGCACAAAUAGGCUUUGUGAGUUGGUGUCUGCUGCAGACAGCCUUCAGUUAAGGCCAUUGGUUGAUCUCAUCAGUCGUGCACUUGCUCGAAAAAUUGAAGGAAGAACACCGGAGGAGAUACGUGAAAUAUUUCAUCUGCCUGAUGAUCUUACAGAGGAAGAGAAGUUGGAGCCCUUGAAAAACAUAACUGAUGACCCAAGGAUCAGACUUUUGAAUCGUUUAUAUGCAAAAAAGAGGAAAGAACUAAAAGAGCGUGAAAGGUUAAAGAAUGUCGAAAUUGAAGAAGAGCGUGUAGAUGAACGUUCAGUUGAUGACCUUUUAACUUUCAUUAAUGGAAAUGAUAGAGAUGCAAAGGCGGUUAAAACUUCAAAGAGUAAAAAGAAGAACCGGAAGAAAAAAGACCAACAGAAGAACUCUUCUUUGAAGGACAAUACUGCACUGGAUAAGAAGGAGUUAAAUGGGCAUGAUACCGGUGACCAAAGUUCUGAUGGAAAUAUAAUUGGCGAGACAUCAAAUUUACUGUACGAAGAGGAUGGCACCUUUUCUCCUAAGAUUGACUUUGAUGAUGGAGAUUUGGAUGAUGAUGGGAUUGAGCCUGCAAUUAGGGAAAAAAUUGACAGGGAGGUGGCAGAUUUUGCUCGCAGAAUAAAUUCUGACUGGACAGAGAGGAUGCAAGAUUUUUUAACAUCCGGGAGAGAGAGGACAUCAACGUUUUCUGCUACCAAUGGGAAUGGUUAUCUAAGGCGACAUGCAUGACUGGACUCAGAAUGGAAAUGAAUCCUUUCAAGUGCACCUCAGAUGGCUGAUAUGGCUAGAACAAUUUUGAGAGAUUCUGACAAGCACCAAAAAAGAAAGUGUUGCAUGUCAGUGGUUUUUCUUUUUCUUUUUCCCCAACCUUGUUUUUGUUUUAGUCUAUUCUUUACAGUUCAUUUUUGGUGCUUGACCCUGGUGCCAUUUAAUUCUCUGGGGCCAGUCCCUUGUACUUUUAGGUAACAAAUAAUGGAAAAAAAUUUCCUUGUUUGUAUGCUACCAUUUUUGUUGUAUGGAAUACAAAUUUUUUCUC